AUGUCGGAACCCUCACUCGCCGAGACGACUGAAAAGAGUGUCUCGCCAACCCGAACAUGGUUCGAUCGUCUUUGCCUGGUGCAAAAACAGGCAGAUCCCAAAGUACACUCUCCGUGGCAGAAGCAUGCUAUCGUCGCAAUUGUCACUCUGUCUGCCUUCACUGCACCCUUUGCGUCCUGUAUUCUCUUCCCGUCCUUCACCACUCUCGUCGACUUUUUUCAUACCACGCAGACCACAGUUGCCUUGACGACAACGGUCUUUCUUCUGGGACUGGCAGUUGCUCCAUUGUGGUGGAGCACACUGAGUCAACAGUACGGUCGUCGACCGGUGUUAGUCUUUAGCUUCCUGGUGUCGACGGUAGCGGUGAUCAUUUGUGCCGUGUCGAAUUCCCUCCCAUUGAUCAUCGUCUUCCGCCUGAUCGAGGCGCUAGGAUGCUCGUCUGCGCAAAGCGUAGGCGCCGGUGUCAUCAGUGAUAUCUAUAUUUCUACCGAGAGAGGAUCCGCGCUCGGAUGGUUCUACCUGGGCACCCUGAUCGGACCUUUGGUUGCUCCCAUCAUUGGAGGAGCUCUGCAAAUCUGGCUUGGCUGGCGAGCACCACUUUAUUUCAUGGCCAUUUUCACAUUGAUGACCGCCAUUCUGACGAUAUUAUGUCUUCCGGAGACCUUGGUCAAAACAUCCCCUCAAGAUCAGGAGCACCGGCUGCCGUGGCACCAAGCCGUCAAGCGUGAUUUGCUGGCACCUUUGCCCAAGUUGAAAUUCCUUUUGGUGUCUUCGAUCGCGUUGACGAUCGCAUACGUGAGCAUCUGUUUCGCCAGUCUCUACUGUUUCAACACGACGCUUCCUUAUGCGUACGCGGCACCACCCUACAAUUUCUCCGCCCUCGAGAUUGGACUCUGCUACAUCAGCAAUUGUCUCGGAUACGCGAUUGGAAGCAUUGUCGGUGGGAAAUUGAGCGAUGCCAAAUUGCGUCAAUACCAGGAGACGCAUGGUGGGGAAAUUCGUCCGGUGGAACGCAUCAAGACUGUCUGGUAUGGUGUCGGCUUCAUCCCCGCUGGCCUGAUCAUUUAUGGCUGGUUGGUUGAGAAACAAGUGUUCUGGGUGGCCCCUCUGGUUGGCGCUUUUCUCUUCGGACUGGGGCUCAUGCUUGUGACGUCGACCAUCAUGCCUUUCUUGGUGGAUAUCAAGCCCGGGGUGGGUGCGUCGGUCGUGGCUGAUUUGAAUUUGGUCCGAAACGUGCUGGCCGCUGUUGGCACUGUGUUGUCGCCGAUCGCAAUGAAAAAUAUUGGGUCGGGAUGGUGGAUGACCAUUUUGGCUCUUCUAUGCUCCUUGGCGGUCUUCUUCAUCGUAAUCGUGAUCUGGAGGGAAGAUGCUGAGAAGAAACCGGCUUCAGAAUCCGCUGUGUGA